AUGUGUUUAUUCAUCAUCGGUGAAUCAAAGUUUACCAUCGGUGAAUCACGAACAAUUUCCCAUGCAAAUGACACACAAGCUCAACAAGUGACUCCAAAUCCUCGCCCAGGAAGAUUUUCCACCGAAAGUCCUCUGGAGCGAGAACGCCGACUUCCGAUUCAGCGUGAACAACGAAGGAGAAGACGUCAACAAGAAACCGUGGAGCAGAAGGAACAUCGCUUAGCACAGCGAAGGCAACGCCGACAACAAGAGACAGAGGAACAGGAGAUUGGAAUCAGAGGCAUUAUGAUCGAUAUCGUUCACUGUCGAAAACCCAUCCCCACCGAUAUAUGUAGAUCA